UCGGAAUCGAUAUCAGUUUCGAUUUAUCUAUUCGAGCCAAAGCAAGCAAAAAUGACCGGCCGCGGCAAAGGAGGAAAAGGACUCGGAAAAGGAGGCGCCAAGCGGCAUCGCAAGGUUCUGCGAGACAACAUCCAGGGCAUCACGAAGCCCGCCAUCCGUCGACUGGCUCGCCGUGGAGGUGUGAAACGAAUCUCCGGUUUGAUCUACGAGGAAACGCGAGGAGUGCUGAAGGUGUUUCUGGAGAACGUGAUCCGAGAUGCUGUGACCUACACGGAGCAUGCCAAACGCAAGACCGUCACCGCCAUGGAUGUGGUUUACGCGCUGAAGCGGCAAGGGCGCACUCUGUACGGCUUCGGAGGUAUGACCGAAGCCGUUACCGAAGUUGCCGCCGCAGUUCCAGCCUCAGCAGCUGUUACCAAGGUCCCGAAGAAGCCCAAAGCCGCCCGGAAGCCAUCCACCCAUCCCCCGGUGAACGAAAUGCUCACCGCCGCCUUGGGGAGCCUGAAGGAGCGCAGGGGAUCGUCGCUGUAUGCCAUCAAGAAGUACAUCGGCGUCAACUACGAGUGCGAUGUGGCCAAGCUGUCGUUCCUGAUACGGAAGGCGAUCAAAACGGGUGUCGAGAAGGGCACUCUGGUGCAGACCAAGGGAACCGGAAUUACUGGAUCGUUCAAACUGAAAGACACCAAGGCGGUCGCGGAGAAGAAGCCGAAGAAAGUCGAAGGCGCGAAGCGGAAGAAGGUCGGUAAGGAAGUGGUUGGUGAUAAGAAGGCCAAAAAAGGAACCGACAAGAAAUCGACCACUAAAAAGCCAUCGGCGGUGAAAGCGCCCAAAGCGAGCAGGGCCAAAACGACGACCAAGACGACAGGAGCCGCGAAAAAGUCCGCCGUUGCUUCCAAACAGAAGGCCACCAAGCCGUCAAAGGUGGCCGCGAAGAAGCCAAAGGCACCGAAACCGAAAAAGGCCGUUCCUGCUAAGAAACCUGCUUCGAAGAAGACUGCCGCUAAGAAAUCGAAACAAUUGUUCCGCAAUUUUGAAAGGACCAUUUGUUUGCUAAAGCAGAAAGCGACUAUAAAAGCAACUUUUAUCGCAGUCCGCAUUUCAUUACCGGACUGUAUUCCAUCGUGCUUAGAUAUCUUCUUAUCAAACAACGAUCCAGCCAUGGCACGUACAAAACAGACGGCUCGCAAAUCCACCGGAGGAAAGGCCCCUCGGAAACAGCUGGCCACCAAAGCGGCUCGCAAGAGUGCUCCAGCCACCGGAGGAGUGAAGAAGCCCCAUCGCUACCGACCGGGAACCGUGGCUCUGCGUGAGAUCCGCCGUUAUCAGAAAUCGACGGAGCUGUUGAUCCGCAAGCUGCCCUUCCAGCGUUUGGUCCGCGAGAUCGCCCAGGACUUCAAGACCGACCUGCGGUUCCAGAGCUCGGCCGUCAUGGCCCUGCAGGAGGCGAGCGAAGCCUAUCUGGUAGGCCUGUUCGAGGAUACGAAUCUGUGCGCGAUCCAUGCCAAGCGUGUGACGAUCAUGCCGAAGGACAUCCAGCUGGCUCGUCGGAUCCGCGGAGAACGUGCUUAGAGGAAGAGCUGGAAUGCGAAGUUGCCAAAUUAAAAUCCCAGGCCUGACCUACAAAACGGCCCUUUUUAGG